UCAGGCAUAGCAGCUACAUAUAUAGCAGCAGCUAGCUAGCACACACCUUGAUCGAUCAAUUAUAUAUAUUCAUUAGUAGCUAGCAGCUAGGAAGAUCAAUCAAUAUAUAUCUAAUGCCUCAGACGCCGUCGACCCGUUGGUGCCCGACGCCGGAGCAGCUGAUGAUCCUGGAGGAGAUGUACCGCAGCGGCGUGAGGACGCCGAACGCGGCGGAGAUCCAGCAGAUCACGGCGCACCUCGCCUACUACGGCCGCAUCGAGGGCAAGAAUGUCUUCUACUGGUUCCAGAACCACAAGGCACGCGAGCGCCAGCGUCUCCGCCGACGCCUCUGCGCCCGCCACCAGCAGCAGACCGCCGCCGUGGCUCCUCCUCCCGGUCCCGGUCCGGCCGGCGGCAGCAGCGCCGCCGGUGUGCACCCGGCUGUGAUGCAGCUGCACCACCACCACCACCCAUACGCAACCUGCAGCUUCAUGCCGCACCACCUGGGGGGCUACUUGGGGCAGCAGCACCAGCAGCAGGCAGCCACCCUUCCAGCUGUUCCGGCAGCUGCAGGAGCUGGAGGCAAGGCUAUGCUGAGCAACCAUCAGCAGCCGGAGGAGUGGGAGACGAUGGAGCACUGCAACGCCGCCACCGCAUCCGGCGGCAGCUCCGACGAGCUGCCGCCAUGCUGCCGUCGCCCUCUGAAAACCCUGGACCUCUUCCCCACCAAGAGCACUGGCCUCAAGGACGAGUGCAGCAGCUCCAAGUCCUCCUCCUGCUCUACAUCCACCAACUAAUAAUAAUCUAAAUUAUAUAUACUCCACAUAAUUAAUUAUUAUUUAAUUAGCUUCUGAUGUCUACCUUACUUCAUCGAUCUACGAGCUAGUAGUGCUUCCAUCGAUUUGCAAGCUUAAUCGUACCGGUCAUUAUUCCAGCAUUCUUGUGUUAGUUAACGCUGGUGUAACGCUAGCUAGUAGCUAGCUGCUUCCAUUGUCAGCUUCAAGUACCUCCAUCCAUCUACCUGGGUUGUUUUAUCACAUUGCAUUGCAAUAUAUUCUAUAAUGAUCCAUUUACUCGAAGAAACAACGAGUGCCGUCUUGU